AUGAAUAUCCCUGGAUACUAUUAUGAUCCAGUGAAAAAAAGGUAUUUCAAGCAACAGGGCCAGCCCCAGGCACCUCCAGCCGUUGAACUGGGGCGACAACCGUGGAAAAAAGUGGCUCCAGAGAUUCGCGAGGAGAGAAAACCAGAGCUCGCUGACGGGAAGCGGUUCCGGCGAGAGAUGUUGUACGAUCUGCUUGUGGGCCGCAAGUGUCUUUCAACUGGCCAGUUCCUGCAGCUAUUGGACUUCCUACACAAGGAAAAACUUAAGACCGACGACUUUGACCUCGAAACUGCACUCUCGCUCUACACCAAGACCCAAAUGCAGUGCUUGGUGAACCAGCAAAUAGUGCGUCCUCCUGUGGACUUGGGGCAGUUCAUGUGGGCUGCUGAAUGUCGCGGGACGCUUUUUGUGGCCACUAGGCUUUAUUUGGUGGCUGUGAACGUGAAGUCUCUUGAAUUGGCCGAGAACUCGUUCUGGGUUCCGAAACAAAGCGUCCCGAAGCCGCGAGAGACAGUGCUGCAGGUCCAGAGCAUUGGCCACUAUAGCAUGGUUGCACUCGGCUGGAACGUGAACGUGAUUGAAGGAGACCCAAUUAAAAUCAGGGUUUUCAAUGCUCGCGGAAUUGAGGAACUCGAGUUUGACGACACCUUCAAGAACCUUCGGCACAUCCAGGACGCGAGGAACGUGGCUUGUAUGAAAUGGGUGGAUUCAGAGACCGGAAUUGUAGGUUUUGAGCGCAAAUUACAGGGCCACGGCCGUUUGAGCUGGUUGCACAAAAAAGUCCGCUCGGGGCCCGUGAGUAUCGAUAUCACCCUGUAUGAAAACCAGCUGAUGGUGGCCAUUGGGUACAUGAACGGGACUCUUGAGAUUUAUCGGGAGAAAGAAGAAUUUAUCGAUCAUGCGUACGGCGCCAGUGUCCGCAAGGUGCAGUUUCUGCACGUUGACAGUCGGCUGUAUUUGCUAGUGAGCGGUCUAGCAAACAAGCUGGUUUUGUUUGCAGUCGACGACGACCCACGACAGCUGUUUCCGCUAGUUGAGUACAAGGAGUACGAGCACAGCUUCUCUACGCAAGAGAACUUUUACGUGCACCAUAGCCAGCAGUUUUUUGUGGUCUACACGGACAAAAACAAGAAGAUCAAAGUAUACUCCAUCUUUAGCGCAUGGCCACUGCGAGAGUUUGACCAUUUGCCGCUGUCGAGCGGCAGCGAUCGUUUUCUUUUCGUUGGAGACUCGAUCGUCUCUCUACAAAAUGGUAGCCUCGAUAUUUUCAGCUGA